CAUGUAUUUUUUCAUGUUUGAUAAUUUAUGUCUUUUAGAUCGACUUUAGAAGGGGAAGGUGUUAGGCAUCUCUGAUGUUCUAUUAUAUCGGAAAUAGCACCACAUUCAUGCACUUUAGACGGGAAAAGACAAUCAAUUACUAGCUAAAAUACGAAGAGAUGUCAAGCCCCCUUAGUGAUCAAAUUCUAAAUUUCUGUGAGUCUGAAUUCUUUCCAAAUGUACAGAAUUCAGAAGUUGCUUCUAGCUCAAAUUGUUGCAGCUAUGAGGAACAAAGUUCAUAUUCAAACAAUCUUGAAAUGAACAAGUUCAAUAACACUAUUGAGAAGAAUGAAGAAACCAAUAAUAUUAGCCCUUCAAGAACCAACAACAACAACGACGACAACAACAAUAUUAGCAACAACAACAAUGAUUUCUCGAUAAUAUUUGAUACUCAAGAAGAUCAAAUUAACAAUGAUAUUUCUGCUUCAAUAGAGUUCACACAAGAUGCAAACUUCUCAAUCCCACACCAUUUACUUCAACCUCAACAGGACUUAUUCGACAUUAAUUCUCUCAACAGUCAACAAAUAAAAAUGAACGAUAUUUCGGAUGGAUCCUUGCAGCCUCAUCAUCAGUAUCAUCCUGAUCAACCACCUAUAAUUCCAUUUAUGGGGCCUCCAUUAGGACAUAUCUACGACGAAGAACCUUUGUCAUCUGUACCUUCUUACAUGCGUGUUCCUACAUCUUCUUCUCCUUCUUGUCCCCUUCUUGAUCCUACACUUUCAAAUUACUUACCUUUAAACUCAAAUACCACCAUGCCUAAUGUUGAAUCUUCAGCAAUACUUGCUGCUGCUGCCAAUGCUGGAGGUGGCUUGUUUUUCGGAACAGAGUUUCCACCAGUACAAGAAUUGGAUUUUCAAGGAGAUAGUGGUAGAUUAUUCUGCCCUGAUGCCUUGCCAAGAGUUUUUAACUGUUCCAACGAGCUUCAGGCACUGAGCAAUGAGAGUCAACAUUUGGUUAGUGCUACUGGAUGUUCUAACCCUUUGGUAUCAGACAUAACAAGUUUGGAAGAUACUACCUACAACAAACCUGUCAAGUGCACACCGGAGCAGAGGAGGGAGAAGAUUCAUAGAUACAUGAAGAAACGAAACGAGAGGAAUUUCAGCAAGAAAAUCAAGUAUGCAUGCAGGAAAACACUAGCAGACAGUAGGCCAAGGGUGAGGGGAAGAUUUGCAAAGAAUGAUGAAUUUGGAGAGGCUAGUACUAAGACAAAUUCUUGCGGUACACAUGAAGAGGUCACAAAUGAAGAUGUAAAACUCAAUUUUACAUAUCAUCAAGAUCCUAAUAUGAUUGCUUCUUCAGGACAUGAUAAUAAUGUUAAUGUCACUCAUAAUGGUCGGAUUUUCACUUCCAAUUGCCACUCAUCUAGCAGUCCCUAUGAUAUUUGCCCGCCUCUGUACUGUACAGAUGGCCAGUUGCACUAA